GCGGUUCCCUCAGUUUUUGAUUUCUAUAUAUGUAUAUAUAUAUAGCAAAGGGACCUAAUAAAAAUGAACAGUCACGCUUUCUCUGUUCUUCAUCCUCCCCAAGUAAUUCUCUCUGUUAUUUAAUUUCCUUGCUCCGCAAGUUCUUCUUGCACCGCCUUCUUCGUCCUUUCUUAUAAUCCUCUUUUGAUUCUAAAAUGUAUACCUCCUUCGUUUGAGCUGUUGCAAAUUUCCGAUUUCUCUUCUUUUGAUCCUUCGUUUGAGCUGUUGCAAAUUUCCGAUUUCUCUUCUUUUGAUUCUGUUGUUUUUUUUUUGUAGAUUCUUCAUUUGAUUCGUUUGUUUCGGUGAUUUGUUCGUAAAUUUUCUAGGCAAAUCUUGGUUUAGAAAUCUGUGUAUUGUAAACUCCGUUACAUUUUGUAACCUUUUCUUUCCCUCUCCUCUGAUUCAAGAAUUUGGAUUUGGUAGUGAUGGAAAACAACAGAGAUUCAUUUAUGCGAAUCUCCAUCACGAUCGAACCUACCGCAGAGGUCACGCCCGCCAAUGGCGUGAACUUGGCGAAUGGAUCGCUGGAUAAUCACGAAAACCGAGCUGCUAGUGAGUUUUCGAGUUUGGAAACAUCGAUUGAGGACGAUGCGCUUGUUUCCGAUGGCGAUAGCAGCGCCACCAACGGGACCAAUUAUGGGAAGGUGCCUUCCUUCGGUAAUGACUUGACAAGGUUGCUUCAAGGGGAUAGCGUGCACGAUCAACUCAAGAGGACGUUCGUUCAGGGAUUGCGUUUUCUUGAAGCGCAACCCGAAGUGGUUUCCAUUCACAGGAAUUCUUUUCCUGGUCCGAUUGGGCAAGCCAAGCUGCAGGCGUUUCAGAUGUUUGCGAAAGCCACCGAGGAGAGGCGUGGAGGGGAUGCAAAUGUCAAGUACGCUUGGUAUCCUGCUACAGGAGACGAGAUACGCCGGAUUUUGCAAGAUGGUUUUGGUCACGCCAACAUGACUAAUGGCCUUCACGGCUGUGGUGUUUAUCUCUCACCAUAUGAGUCUCCCAUGGAAAGUGUCAAGAGAACAGUUGCUGAUAAAGAUGGGAUACACCAUCUGCUGCGGUGCCGGGUUAUAUUGGGGAAGUUGGAGCUUGUGCCACCGGGUUCUAAGCAAUGUCAUCCAUCUUCUGACCAGUUUGAUUCUGGUAUAGGCAUUACGGGGUCUCCUGACAGGUAUAUUGUGUGGAGUACUCACAUGAAUUCUCAUAUCUUGCCUGAGUACGUGGUCAGCUUCCUGCCUCCUUCUUGCUUAAAAGGGCUCAUGUUAACCUCUGAUUCGCUGAAGAGACCGACUUCACCAUGGAUACCUUUUCCAGCUCUUAUGUCUUCGCUUUCCAAGUUCUUACCCCAGAGGGAUAUGACUUUGAUCUCCAAGUAUUAUAGAGAUCAAAAGUCGAAGAAGAUUUCGAGAAAUGAGAUGAUUAAACAAGUAAGAAAAAUAGCAGGAGAUGAAUUGUUGGCUGCGGUCAUCAAAUCUUUCAGAGGCAAGCUACUUGCAUCAGGCAACUGUCCGCAGUCAAUUGAGCAAAAUAGGGCCAGUGAGAGGAUGGGACAUGGCCAGAAUGGACGCCGCUCAAAUGGAUAAAAGGACUUGAGGAAUCCAAGUUUAGAUUUAAACCUUUGAGGGAACAAAUUGUGAAGGCUUUCCUUUCCUGAUAGAAGUAGUGUUAAGGCCAUUCGGUUUUAGGACUGAAUUUGUUUUAGGAAUUUUCCACCUCCGUUAUUCUGCAGCUUUGAUCAGUUGAGUAUUUUACUUGCAUUGAAUAAGAAGCAAUGUCUUUAUAGCUUUGAUCAAUUAGUUGGUUUUAUACCUCAGGUCACUCAUCCAAUAGUGUUCUCGCAGAAGCAAGCACGCUUAAGUACGAAUUUGAGCUAGAUUAUUCUCCAGGAAAACGUGUUAACGCUGAGCCCAAUCAGUACACAAUGGAGUGUCAAUGUUUUGAUUUUUGCUGUAGGACACUGUCAUUGAUAUUCCUAC